GCUGUCAAACACAGCGGAGUCCUGGGGCCCAGAGCACAGGGAGGAGGAGGGUGGGUCUGCGGUCGCGUGACCAAACCAGCUGUUAGCAGGGGGCUGGAGAGCCUGGAGUCUGGGGAGCUGGAGCGCCAGCGGUCUUCUGCGCUACUGAUGCGGAGGCUGUAACCUAGCUGCCGCAGCGCCCCCAACUCCGCAAUCGCAGCAUCUGCACCGCUGGACUCGGCUGGAGCCGGCUGCUUGGCAGGAUGUCUGGUGCGCCUCCGAGUUACUCCUUUGUGGCUUUGCCACCUCGAGCCAAGGAUGGUCUGGUGGUGUUUGGGAAAAAUUCAGCGCGGCCCAGAGAUGAAGUGCAGGAGGUCGUGUACUUCCCAGCUGUUGACCAUGAAGCUGAGAGCAAAGUUGAGUGCACUUACAUCUCAAUCGACCAAGUUCCCAGGACCCACGCCAUAGUGAUAAGCAGACCUGCCUGGCUCUGGGGGGCAGAAAUGGGAGCCAAUGAACAUGGGGUAUGCAUAGCCAAUGAAGCCAUCAAUGCCAGAGAACCAGCUGCAGAGACAGAAGCCUUACUGGGGAUGGAUCUGGUCAGGCUUGGUUUAGAACGAGGGACAACAGCUAAAGAAGCCUUAGACAUCAUCGUCUCCUUAUUGGAUGAGCAUGGACAAGGUGGAAAUUAUUAUGAAGAUGCCCAUUCCUGCCAUAGCUUCCAAAGUGCAUAUCUGCUGGUGGAUCGUGACGAAGCCUGGGUGCUGGAGACUGUAGGGAAGUAUUGGGCUGCUGAGAGAAUCACAGAGGGAGUGAGGUGCAUUUGCAAUCACCUUUCACUCACUACUAAGAUGGAUGAAGAACACCCAGAACUCAGGACUUAUGCUCAGAGUCAAGGCUGGUGGACGGGAGAGGAUGAAUUCAAUUUUGCCCAGGUCUUUUCUCCCGCCGAUGACCAUUUGGACUGCUGUGCAGGCAAAGACAGCUUAGAAAAGCAAGAAGAAAGCAUCACGGUGCAGACGAUGAUUAACAUCUUACGAGAUAAAGCCAGUGGCGUUUGCAUAGAUUCUGAGUCUUUCCUCACCACAGCCAGUAUAGUGUCUGUCCUGCCUCAGAACAGAAGUUCACCGUGCAUCCACUACUUCACUGGGACCCCAGAUCCUUCCAGGUCCAUAUUCAAGCCUUUCAUCUUUGUUGAUGAUGUAAAACUUGUCCCCAAAGCACAGUCGCCCUGUUUUGGGGACGAUGACCCAGCCAAAAAGGAACCUCGGUUCCAGGAGAAGCCAGACCGGCGGCACGAGCUGUACAAGGCACAUGAGUGGGCACGUGCUGUCAUCGAGAGCGACCAGGAGCAAGGCCGCACACUGAGGAAGACCAUGCUGGAGUUGGAGAAGCAAGGCUUGGAGGCCAUGGAAGAGAUUCUGAGCAGCCCUGAGCCCCCAGACCCCGCUGAGGUGGGGGACCUUUUCUAUGACUGUGUGGACACCGAGAUGAAAUUCUUUAAGUGAUGUAAGCACCCUCGCCCUUACUUAAAACUUCCCACCCGACUAAAUUACCAGCAGAUAAACACUCUUCUGUUUGAGUAAAACGAGAGUUACCAUGUGGCCUCCUUGUGUCUAAAUGUUCCCUCUGUUCAGCUUAGCACCCCCCCCCUUUGCUAUGUAACGCGAUCCCACUUGCCUCUUGCUCCAUUGUGUGAUAAGCUAUGGGCUUGAAGAUGUUCUUGUAUUUCAGUGACAAUGGACACCUUAGCUUCUUAGGAGGAACUAGGGUUCCCUCCGCCUUGGACAGGGCUGUGGGGACACACUGGUGGGAAAGACAAGAGCUGUGAAGGGCCUGGCCCCUCUCUAGAUAGUGGUUUCUUUAAGGUUAGCAAAAGGCUUUUGUCCAUACCAAAGGCUCUUGUGUGUGCAGAUGGGGGAACGGUCCCCCAGCUUCCUUCCACUGAGCACAGGCCUGUGUGUAGCUCACAGUCCCCACAAGCAUGUCCUGGGAAACAAAGCCAACGGGAAGGAGCAGAGGACCCAUGGGUACAGUCCCAGCUCUGCUCUAGUCUAUGUGACUUUUGAAAGACCUUUGUUCUGUGAACUGUGAUCAUAUGCAGUGGACCAGACAUGCUUCCACCUGCAGGAGAGCUGGGCAUCCACAUUAGCCGCACCUCCCCAUCCAGCACUGCACCCACCUGAGGACAUGGUCCUGUGUAGAAAUUAACUGGGAUUUGAUGGCCAGCAACUUGUAUGCGAUUCAUUAAGUGGCCCUGGCAGAGCAGCCACACCCAGCUGCAAAUCUUGGCCAGUGAGGGAAAGAAAAGGGUCGAUCUUGUCUCCUGAGAGCUAUUGGGCCUGGGAUCUGAGCAGCCACAGUCUCAGCAGAGCCCAAAAUUAACCUAAUUUGUUUCCAGCAUCGGUGUGUUUGCACAAAGGAUUUGACGCCACAGGAGUGUGUGAGGAAGACAGGGUGGGCCGAGGGCAGAGGCAGUGAGACAUUUAUCCACUGAACAGUUAACCCACCCACUGCCUAGUUAACUAGGUCCCACAAAUCUGUGUGCUGGGCACCUGACCUCCAGGAUCUCCUCUAUUUGUUCUCACGCCCCGCUGCCUGACAGAUGCCUUUGGACAAUGUCUAGAAUGGGAGAGAGAGUUCCAGGGGCCUAUGCAUUGCCACUGUCCAUGACUGAAGGGGCCAGGGGUGUAAAGAUGACUGGCAGAGGUAUAGAUUAGAGGAGCAGCUAGUGAGUGUGUGCUGUGGGGACCUAAUUAUAGGUCCUCAUUCUUGUCAGGGCUGAGCAAAGAGAAACUGUCUAUCAGUGAUCUCAGGCAUGGCUUCAUUGCCUUCUUGGCUGCAGUGUCCUGGGCUGAGAGAACUGGCAGGGAACUGAGCCCUCAUUUCACAGUGUGAUGCUGGCUACAGGUUUUAUUGGGACAAAUCUUGUUUCUCUUCCAACCCUCAUUUGAGAGGGGUUGGGGAGGUGUGCUGUGAGCCCUUCUCUGAACCUUUUUGUGGGUUCCACACAUAAGCAAAUGGCAAAGCAUGAGAGAUGGGACAAAUUCACGUUAACAUGGUGUCUCUUGCUGAUGACUAGAGGGUCUCAGGCAGAGCAGCUAAGCUGAAAGUGCCCUGUAGGUGCAAAGGGGAAGAGGGUGAGGUUUGAGGAGGAAGCGGUUGCCUGUCCAACCUCACCUGCUGAGCUAUUUAAGGAAGGUGAUUGCAGAAGGCCGUCCUGUGGUUUCCCUGUGUGGUCUCCCCCUGCCUCUGAGGCCAGCUUAGCAGGUCUGACCUGCCUGGGACAGUGAUUCAGGGUUUGAUCAGAAGUCUAGUGAUAGCAAAGGCCACAGACACCUUCUCUCAUUACUUUGGCCAAGGUCACAGAUGGCUGUGACAACUUGAUGUCAUUACUCAGGUGUGCACUGAAAACACAGGGGCUGUCUUUAUUAUUGACUUUAGUCCAGCAUCAGACAAAGGCUAGUUCUUUGGAGCAUUGUACAGCUCAACCCAUGCUGUCAUCGUACCACCAGAGGGCGCAGUAGCCCUCUGUGGGCCGCCUGGCACAUUAAAAGGUUUUCUCCUCAGGCAAUGGAUAAGAGCUGAGAUAUGAAAGCUUUGCUUUCUGGGAAUGGAUGGGAACAAACAAGAGAAGAGAAUCUAGCGAGGUGCCCGCACGUACUUUAGUGAGUUUAUCAAAAUUAACAACAGAAAAGAUACUGGAUUUUGAACAAGCAGACGUAGGAGAAUAUUUGUUUUAAAACGCAGCUAACAUGUCUUGUUGAAGAAACAUUCUUAUGGGAUAAUGUCUCAAUCAGGGGUCACUUUUAUGAACAACAUGCAGAAAAUGGAUAUUCAAGAAUGUCAAAGAUUGCUCUGUAAAUACCUUCCCAGAAGACCACCCUAUAUCUAUUAAGCCUGAAGGAGGGGGAUCCUGAGCACACUUUGGGCAGAAAUAAGUCAUGAUCAUUGAGGACAGGAUGCCUGCCCACCUGCCCACCUGCCCACCUGCCCACCUGCCCACCUGCCCACCUGCCCACCUGGCCCCCUGCCCACCUGCCCCCGUGCCCCAUGGACUCUAACAUAAGCUAGCUAGUGUUGUGUAGAUGGGAUUUACAUAAGUGAAAGUGGCAGCGUAGCUGGGGGCCGACACUUUAGUUGCAUAAGGUAGUAAAGCGGAAGUAGUAUGUUAUCACUCUUGGGAGUGUCUGGGAGCUGCGGUAGGGUAAACGAGUCUGAUAAACGCUGUGGAGACUUAGCCCAACACGAGAUUCAGUGUUUGUAAGAGUCUGCCUCACAAGCUAAUGAAGCAGGUGUAUGCCUAGUAGAGCUCUGUGGCAACGUUCCCUUACUCUCUGGUGAGUCAGUAGCUAUAAAAAUAAUAGUCACCACAAAGCACUGUCAUCUCACAUUGACACAGGUGAUGCCACUCUGGAAGGUCCUCAGGGCAGCCAGGCCUGCAUGCCUUCAAAUUAUUGGCUGCAUUCUUGUAUUGCAACCAUCUUCAGCUGAGAGCUCAGCUUUGGGAGAAAACACACCAUGGAGGGAGAGGUGUGGCAGGUGUGGGUCGAGCAUCCCAGCUCUCCUGUAGUGUUUCAUUCCACACAGCGCUGAGCCCCAACUCCUGUCCUGUGGUAUGUGUCAAAUGUGUUUUAUUGGACUGCUGCCAACCAUCUUAAACUGUCAUGCAGAGAAUUCUUGCAGGAAUCAAUAAGUUCUGUCUCUAACCAUGUUGUGAGAACCAAAACGCCAUAGCUGGAGCAGUGUAACAGAAAACCUUUGUUCCUGGGGGUGGGGGAGACUGACUAUGUGGUCUUAACAGCCUUUUGUACAAAUACCUUCAAAUCAAAUGAUGUCUCUAUCCAGUGCUUGCCCUCAGAGUGUCUUUAAAUGCACCAAGUGUACAAUAAAAGCAUUGAAGUCAAUA